GAAACAGCAGUGAGUCAGUGUGAGUGUCAGAGAGAGCUGUGAAAGAGCGCGUGGGAAGCCCAGCCCACGGUCACUUCACCGCGACACACGGCGAGACGAGCGAUCACGCGCCGAACAGGUGGUCCAGUCCCACCUGAGGAGCACAACAUGAGGAUUUAUCCCGCUUUUUACCUGUACGGAUACAAUGCUGCCGUGGCUUACUGAUUUUUCCUGAAGAGUUCAACACUUCAAGCGCUUCCCUGUGGAGUCUCUGGGAAUAUCGGGCGAAUAUGAAAGUGACAGUGUGUUUUGGAAGGACGCGGGUGGUCGUUCCCUGUGGGGAUGGGAAUAUCAAAAUACACAGUCUUAUUCAGCAAGCGACAAUGAGAUAUAAAAAAGCCAUAGCCAAGGACCCAGGCUACUGGAUACAGGUGAAUCGGUUAGAACAUGGAGACGGAGGCAUUUUGGACCUGGAUGACGUGCUGUGUGAUGUGGCCGACGACAAAGACAGGCUGGUGGCGGUGUACGAGGAGCAGGACCCUCAUCAUGGUGGAGACGGCACCAGCGCCAGCUCCACAGGUACCCAGAGUCCAGAUCUCUUCAGCACGGGUGAGCUCAACUCCAGCAACCUGUCGGCCUUCCAGCCCUACCAGACCAGCAGUGAGAUCGAGGUCACCCCAUCCGCCCUCAGGACCAACAUGCCUUUGCAUGUACGCCGCAGCAGUGAUCCGGCUCUGGCUGGCCUGCCCGAAGCCCAGCUGCAGCCAGAGGAACCGUCUCGUAAGAACCCCACUCGCUGGUCCACCACAGCAGGCUUUCUGAAAGCCAACAACACCAGCGGAACCAACAGCCUAGAGCGAAAGGGUAAAGGUCUGGAUGCGUACCGCAGCCUUCCUCGUGAUGUUGUCCCCUGGGCCACCCAGUUUCAGAGAGAAAACGCCCGCUCCUCUCUUAGUGCCAACCAUCCCAUGGUAGACCGAUGGCUUGAGCGUCAAGAACAGGAAGAAGAAGAAGAAGAAGAAGAAGAAGAAGAAGAAGGCGGCGGCGAGGAGAGAGCAGACAACGGGAAGAACGGCAGGAUCGAGCCGGUGGGAAGAGCAGAUUCCUGUGUGGAAUCAGCUUCACUCGAUGAAAUGUUGAAGCUGGUUGAGGUGUCCAAUGGCGGUGGGCCGCUAGGAAUCCACGUGGUGCCUUUCAGUGCCAGAGACAGAAGGACGCUGGGUUUGUUAGUGAAGAGGCUGGAGAGGGGCGGGAAGGCGGAGCGGGAGGCUCUGUUCCAGGAGAACGACUGUAUCGUCCGGAUUAAUAACGCAGACCUGCGCAACAUCCGAUUCGAACAGGCCCAGAAUUUGUUCAGACAGGCUAUGCGUUCUCCACUCAUCCUGUUCCAUGUGGUUCCAGUGGUGAAGAAAGCCCAAUACGAGCUGCUGUCUCAGAACGAGCUGGGUCUUCAGGCCGCUCCGAGCCUCGGGGACAGGGCCAGUCUGGUGGGAGGAGGUGUGGACUACAGCCCGCGGAGAAUGUCCAAAGCUGAUUCCACCCUGGGCUAUCCCACGUUACCGCACCUAGCAAACCCAUCAAACAAGACCCUGCUGGGCCCCAUCCAGCACUCCAGACCCACCAGUGCCGCCUCCUCUGUGGGCUACUCUAAAAAGAUUGGCCGCAAGUUCAGCGUCCAGCUGAGGAAAGGUCCGGAGGGCUUGGGUUUCAGCAUCACCUCCAGAGACGUCCCGAUUGGUGCUUCCGCCCCCAUAUAUGUGAAGAACAUCCUCCCGCGUGGAGCCGCCAUCCAGGACGGCCGUCUGAAGGCCGGAGACCGGCUGCUUGAGGUUAACGGAGUGGAUCUGAAUGGUAAGACUCAGGAGGAGGUUGUGGCUCUGUUGCGCUCGACUCCCAUGGGAGGCACUGUAGGUCUUCUCAUCGUCAGACAAGAGGACACUUUCCUGCCCCGCGAAGUGAAAGAGCAAGACGACUUAAUUUUGACCCCGGAUGGAACGCGGGAGUUUAUGACGUUUGAAAUCCCUCUCAAUGACUCGGGAUCGGCCGGGUUAGGGGUCAGCGUCAAGGGCAAUAGAUCUAAAGAGAGCCACGCUGACCUGGGCAUUUUCGUCAAGUCUAUAAUCACUGGAGGAGCCGCCUGCAAGGAUGGGCGGCUGAGGAUAAAUGACCAGCUGAUAGCGGUUAAUGGAGAGUCUCUACUGGAGACAACCAAUCAGGAAGCGAUGGAGGCCCUCCGCAAGUCCAUGUCGAUCGAGGGCAACAAGAGAGGCAUGAUUCAGCUGAUCGUGGCCCGGCGGGUCGCAGGGAGGGGAGAGGAGGCUCCAGGUAGCCCGCCUGUGCCUCUGAACUCUCCACAAGACGAACAUGAGCGACGGAUCUCUCAGUCGCUGUAUCCCGGAGAGAGCCUGGAUGACAACCACACCCCACGAGCCACCAUGAUGGGUAGAAUGAUGGGUCACUACCAGCUGUCCCCCACUGUGAAUAUGCCCCAGGAUGACACAGUCAUCAUUGAAGAUGAUAGGCCACCUGUUCUUCCUGCCCGCUUGUCUGACCAAUCAUCAUCCAGCUCCCACGAUGACAUGGGAUUUGUGACAGAAAUGCCAGGAUCCUGGCCCAAAGAUGUCCAGAUACAGGACGAAAGCACACUCAGUCCAGACGCAGAUAUGGACGCCGUGUUUCAGAGGGAAGGCUUCGGCCGGCAGAGCAUGUCAGAAAAGCGGACCAAACAGUACAGCGAUGCUUCUCAACUGGAGAUCAUCAUGAGUCGCAAGUCGAAGAGUAUGGACCUAGUAGCCGACGAGUUUAACCUCCCUCCCUGCACAGAGAGGACAGAAGGCAACUCCACGCGAGAUGUGGGACCGUCGUUGGGUUUGAAGAAGUCGAGUUCCUUGGAGAGCCUCCAGACAGCUGUUGCCGAGGCGACGCUCAACGGAGACGUCUCGUUCCACAGGCCACGCCCCAGAAUCAUCAGGGGGCGGGGCUGCAACGAGAGCUUCCGGGCGGCCAUCGACAAGUCUUACGACAAGCCAGGUGUGACCAUAGUCAACCCCGAUGAAGAUGACGAGGGGAUGGAGACAUUGGAAGAAGAUACAGAGGAAAGCUCACGAUCAGGCCGCGACUCCAUUUCCACGGCCACGGACCUCACCCUCCCACCCUCCAACACAGAGAAACAGCUGAAUGGCGGACGCACCAAAGAGGACAAGAAGAAGGAGCGAGGACCGAAGGACAAGAAAGACAAGAGCAAAGCCAAGAAAGGCGUGCUGAAGGGCCUAGGCGACAUGUUCAGGUUCGGCAAAAACCGCAAAGACGAGAGGCAAGGGGACAAGAUGGAGCGGAAGGGGUCCAGCAAGAGCAAGAUGGAGGAAACUCAGGCCAGCGAGGAGGAGAUGCAGAGAAUGAGGCUGGAGCAGGAGAGAAUUCAAGCGAAGACCAGGGAGCUCCGAGAGCGACAGGCCAGAGAGCGAGACUACGCUGAGAUCCAGGACAUCAACCGAACCUUCAGCUCUGACGAGGAGCACACCUACGCCGGGAUCGGCUCUCUGGACUCGUCACUGGACAGCAGCAUGGACCUGAGCCAUAACCCCGGUCCAGAGCGUCCGCAGAGCCCCAGAGACCAGGCCUUGCCCUUAGAGGCUCUCUACGCACAGGUCAACAAGCCCCGCAACGGACGCCCGCCAUCUGCAGACAGCAACCGACUGGCACCCAGCAACCAUGACCGGAUACAGCGUCUACGACAUGAGUUCCAGCAGGUCAAGCAGGAGGAGGAACCUGAUGACCGCCGUCGAUCCUACAGCUUUCAACAACAACAGAGGACCAACACGGGUUCUUAUACACCGACGGGGCGGCACUCGGUUUCAGUGGAGGACCAAAUGCAGAAACAGAGAGAGGACAGAGACUCUUUCACUCAAGCCCAGAGGCAAUACAACUCCUUACCGCGACAACCACGUAAAAACCCUAGCACCGUGUCUCAAGACUCUUGGGAUAAAGUCUAUCCUCCCGGCGAGGUCUUUCAGUCCGCCAAAGAGAACCCGCGGUACUCCAGCUACCAGGGAUCCCGCACUACCAACGGCUACCUGGGCACCGCCGCCACUGGCCUGAACGCUCGCGUCCUCCUCGAGACCCAAGAGCUCCUGAGACAGGAACAGAGACGAAAGGAGCAGGAGGCUAAAACCAAGCUACCUACUAUGGAGGAGACGCCAACCUCAAGCCAAAACCCUGUUCCUGCUCCACCCAAAGGCCCCUACCGACAAGACGUGCCACCCUCGCCCACUCAACUCGCCCGGCUGAACCGUCUACAGACCCCUGAGAAGGGCCGCCCCUUCUACUCCUGAGACAAGAGAUCAAAACUGUAGAAAAAACUGUAUGACAGCAAUAAUAUUGAAUGGAGAGAGACAGGGCUAUAACAUGGAAACUGCAUGGAGUAUACUGGGUAACUGGUUUUGGAGGUUUUUCUGAGGGUUGCCAAGUUGUUGUUUUUUUUACUCUAGUAUGGAGUCUUUGAACUAUCCAUCUCCCAUUCCUGCUUUUGACAAACGUGUAUGUGUUCACUGACGUUAUGGCACUAGGUACUCUUGACAAUCACAUGACAGUCGCCCGAGGCUUUGAUACAUGGUUGUUUCCACCAUAUUGUGACCUACAUAUCUUGUUUUUGUCAAGUGUGCUGAGAAAAACAAGUAGGUGAGUAAAUUUCACUACACCUGUCAGAAACAUGUCUAGGUCAUAUUUCACCACAAAAUCAAAAGAAAAAAAUGCAAUAGUUAGCUAUAAAAUGAAGCUUGUUUUUUUUUUUUUUUUUAGAUGUAUUGUAGACACAAAUUAAGAAUUUGUUCCCACAACUUGUAUAGAUAUUUUACAAUUUAAAUAUAUCCGCAUUAUUUUCACUGAAAAUGAGCUUUUUGAUACAUUACGCUAAUCAGGGUUUUGUGGGUGUAGGUGUACAGUAUGUGUUCAGGGCGAGUGUGUUUUAGCCCAUGUACUCCAGCAGUGUAGCUGAACUCAGCUAAUAGAGUGCAGAAAGGUUAUGACCCCACAACCCUCCAACUCUCUGCUACAGAAACCCCCAUUAACCCAUCAUACUUCUCAAUUGCUCCUCAUGUGUCGCCUCCCAUCUCCACCCACUUCAUAAUUGAUUCUUCUGCUUUUUCCUUGAGUUAGUGGCCUCCGUUCCUCCACUACUAAGAUGGUAAAUGCACAGAAAUUCAGGAAUUAGUCAAUUCUCUUUUUUGUUUAAACCUGUUUAAAAUACUUCCAAAAGAGCAAAUAAUUUGGUUUGGUGCUACUAGUAGAAAUAGAAAUGACAUACUGUACUUUUUUAAGUCAACAUGAAGCAAUGUUAUUCAAUAGCUAUGAUUUCAUCCACCUAUUUUUAUGGGAAUUUUGGAAUAUCGCAUAAAGAAACUCUGGAUGGAAACACCAAAAUGUGCAUAAAUUCUAAAAUUGCACAUAAAAAGGGUAUAAUUUCUUCAUCCGAUAAGAAGAUAUGCUCAUAAACUAAGAUAGAAACACAUUUAAUGAAUAAAUUCUGCAGUGCACUUCAAAAAAAACUCAUGCGGCUUUGCCUCAACAGUGCAUGUGAUUGCAUAACUGAACUAACCAGCACACCGUUCUCAUCACAUACCAUCUCAAAUGUUGUUUUAGUCAUUCUGAAAUGCCUGAACCAAACUCUGUCAUCAAAAUGAUUUGGAAUAAUUCCCCCCCGAAAGUGCCUCUCAUGAUUGUGUUCUAAAACAUCAGGUAUCCCUACACAAGAUAACAUCAUGACGUUUGUUAUUGUGUGCAAGUCAUUUAUUAUGUAAGUUUCCCUGGUUGCAGCGACUUUCGUUGAGGAGAGCAGUGUUUUAUUCGCAAAUGUUUCAUGCGAUAUUCUAAUUUUGGGCAUAAGUUAAUUUGACGAAUUUGGAUGGAAACAUAGCUAAUGAGAUCAAAUGCAAUUUUCUUCAUCGGGAAUCUGUGUGGUUGGAGGGGAGGGGCUUAGAAAUAAGAGGGAUUGAUGAUGUCAUCCAAAAUGGAAAAUCACUUUAAAAGUGGAGCAUGUUUUUACUUUUUGAUGAAAGACGAUGUCACAAUGUUUUUUUGUUUUUUUUUGGAUGUUGCAUAAUAACACCAGGAACAUGUUAACUUUAAUGCUUCCUAUCAAGACUGUAUAUGUGUGCCUUGCAGGCAGUGUGCUUGUGUGUGUGUUACAUGUUAUACCCUGUAGGCGUGGGUGUGACUCUGACAUUUACCUUCAUACAAAAACUGUCUUUGGUGUCAGCGGCUCAGGCAGAGACUAGUUCUGUUCAGCACUUUGGUUUUUUAUCGCACAGGUUAAUGGGCAGUUGCUCGCGCACAUGUUCCACUAUAACACAACCAAGCUCAGGUUACAGCUCAUGCCGCAGUAGCCACGAAUACAGUCCAGAAAGGAGCACUUCACCUAGUAAUAAAAACUCAUCUACUCUCACCCAUAUCCUUCCAGACCUGUUUGCCUUACUUUCUGUGCAGUCCAUACUUUCGUCUCAAAAGGCAAGUAAAGUUGUCCAUAUGACUUCUACGAUAAAAUUGGACUGUUCUUUUAUUGAAUUUUUUUCAGCUUGCCACUGUUUUAGUUAUAUAAAAAAGAAAGUCAUUUUUCCAUGACUAUCCCUUUAAAUCCAGCUGCCUUUUAACUAUUCAUUCAAAAAUCCAAACCACUCUAACAAACAUCAUGUGACUUUUAUGUGUGCUGUAUGUUUUUUUGAUAUGUGUACGUGUGUGUGUGUGUGUGUGUGUGUGUGUGUGUGUGUGUGUGUGUGUGUGUGUGUGUGUGGGUUUUGUGUGGGAUUGUGUAUCACCAGUGCCUGUAACAUGACUCUCUCUUGUCUAUGAACUGUAUCUUGGCAGGCACAUUAAACACUUGGCCACAUUUUUCAGAGCUAAAGCUAAAAGAGCUCAAUAAGCUCUCACAAAAGGGAAAGCCAGGCCCAUUGACCGAUGUACUUUCCUCCAAGUCUCUUCCUGGCGUCUCGCUCUGUCUCGGAUCCAUUCAUUGUGGAAAAUGUUCAGUAUAUCUGCUAAAUUCUUCUCUGACUUCGGUACUUCCUCCCAAAAUUGUUCUGGGUUCUGUGGUACAACAUGAUGUGCUUCUAAUAUUGUAUCUACAAUUUCCAGAACAGCAGCUGUAUUUAGUUUUUUUGAUGUUUUUUUUUUUUUUUUUUGGUGCUGGCUGCUUAUCUGCUAUUUUAUAUCACAUUGUAUACAUGAGACGUUUUUGAUGGCAAGUGCCUGUGAAGAGGGAUGUUUCUGUAUGUUAAAAGUUUAACGUGUCGCCAAAUGCACAUAUUUUUUAAAUGAAAUUAUUGUAUUCCUUUGUCUUUCUCUGAUCAUACAGCAUUUGUUUUAAUCGUUAAAAGAAAGCAAAGAUUAAUCUGCACAUUUUAAUGUAUUUGUAUGACAUUUUGUUGUCGAUGUACGUCGUAGGUACUAAGGUGUUUGAUUCCUGUAUGCACAGUGAAAAUGGUUUUUACACAAAGUUUUUACCUGAUGUGUCAAAAUAUACACAAAGCUUCUCUGUACAUAUCAAAUCUAUAUUCAAUAAAAAGUUCCUCCAUUCUGUU